AUGACACGAGCCCAGUCACAACCCCCAGCUGCUGACCCCCAAUACGGCGUCCCGUUCUCCCACUCCAUCACCCUCACCGAAGAACAACACCACAAAAAAUCCAGCUCCUCCUCCCACAAACUGGGGACAUUUAGCGGUGUUUACGUCCCAAACACCCUCAACCUCAUCUCCGUCCUCAUGUUUCUCCGCUUCGGCUUCCUCCUCGGCAUGGGCGGUCUCUUCCAGAUGCUCCUCAUGCUCCUCCUCACAUUCGGGAUCGCACUCCUCUCUGCCCUGAGUUUGAGUGCGAUUGCGACGAAUGGGACGGUCAGGGGUGGAGGGGCGUAUUACAUGAUCUCCCGAAGCUUGGGACCGGAGUUUGGGGGGAGUGUGGGCGUUGUGUUUUUUGGGGGACAGGUCUUGAAUGCGGGGUUAAAUGUCGUGUCGUUCGUGGAGUCCAUGUUGAACCUGUUUGGGGAGACGCAUGGUUCGAUACAUCGAUUCCUACCGGAGAGCUAUUGGUAUACAUUCGGAUACGGCACCCUCCUCCUCCUCCUCUGCACCUCCAUCUGUCUCCUCGGAUCCGGGCUAUUCUCCCGCUGCGGAAACGUCCUUUAUUGGAUCAUGCUCGCCUCCAUCAUCUCCAUCCCCCUCUCCGCGCUCUUCAACCCCCGUACCGCAUCCAACGGUGGCUACAAAUACUUCACCGGUCCCUCCAUCUCCACCCUCCGCGAAAAUCUCUGGCCGUAUAUCCCGCCGAAGGAGGACCACGUGCCGAAGAUCUACAGGACUUUUCAGGGCUUGUUUGGGGUGUUCUUCGUUGUGGGUGCCGGUGUCUUUGGUGGUGCGUCCAUGUCCGGUGAUCUCGCGCGUCCAUCGAUCUCGAUCCCGUCUGGGACGCUAUGGAGUGCUUUGACGGCGUUCGUGGCCUAUGGGGUGGUUAUCGUGAGUUUGGCGUGUACGGUGAGGAGGGAGGGGUUGGUGAGGGAUAUGGGUGUGUUGGAGGAGAUUGCGGGGGUGUGGUGGAGUGUUGAGGCGGGGGUUUGGGCGAGUAGUUUGUUUUCGAGUUUGUUGGGGGUCAUUGGGAGUGCGAAAUUACUCCAAGCUAUUGCGCGCGAUGAUUUAUUACCCCUCAUGGGACCCCUCGCCCAAGGCACCCCCUCAAACGACGAACCCACAAUCGCGGUCCUGGUCACGUACCUCCUCAUCCAACUGACCCUCCUCGCAGACAUAAACCAAAUUGCAUCCUUCAUCACACUCACCUUCCUCCUCACCUUCGCCGUCGUCAAUCUAGCGUGUUUCUUGCUCACGCUCUCGUCCGCGCCGAGUUGGAGACCGAGGUUCCGGUGGUAUAGUGCGUGGACGGCGGGGGUUGGGGCGGUGGUUUGCGUUGGGGUCGGGGUUGGGGUCGAUAGGGUUUGGGCGGGGGUUAGUGCUGGCGGGACGGGGGUUUUGUGGGUGCUGAUUUUGUAUUUGGGGAGUCCGAAGUCUUGGGGUGAUGUCAGUACGAGUUUGAUGUACCACCAAGUCCGGAAGUAUUUGUUGAGGCUGAAUACGAAGAAGGAACAUGUCAAGUAUUGGCGUCCGCAGAUUUUGUUGUUGGUUAAUAACGCACGGAAUUCGUGGAAUCUGAUUCAGUUUGCGAAUCAUUUGAAGAAGGGGGCGUUAUACAUUCUAGGUCAUGUCAUCGUGGGUGAAUUCGAUGAUUGCCUCUCGGAGCUGAAGAAAGAAAAAGCGGCAUGGGCAAAGUUUAUCGAGAUGAGUCGCGUGAAGGCGUUUAUGCAGCUCAGCGUUGCGCCCUCCGUUGUCUGGGGCGUGAGGAACAUCGUGCUCUCUGCCGGCCUGGGAAAGUUGGCGCCGAAUAUCGUGAUGAUGAGUUUUGUUAAUCUCACGGAUCUGCGACCACCGACGCCUGCUCCGUCGAUUGCAUCACUGAGGAAUAGGAAUGUGGCCAAGGGGAAGGUGAGGAUUGAGGUGAAGGGUCAGUUGCCGACCGAUACGUUCAGGAGUGAGAUGGCGAUUAAAGUUCAGGAGUGGGUUGAGGUUGUUGAGGAUGUGCUUUCUCUCAACAUGAACCUUGCGAUUUCGAAAGGGUUUGCAGACCUCGAUUUGCCAAUGAAGGGACGAAGGGUGGAAGGCAAGAAGUAUAUCGAUCUAUGGCCUAUCCAGAUGAGUGCCGAGAUCGCGGAUGAUACCCAAGUCAGAGCUCAGAGUUUCGACACAUAUACCAUGAUUUUGCAGAUGGGAACGAUCUUGCAUACAGUCCCGGCGUGGAAAAAGUACGUGCUGAGAGUGAUUGUGUUUGUGGAGUAUGCGCAGGAUGUCGCUGUCGAACGGGCACGCGUCCAGGAGUUGUUGGAUAAUUUGAGGAUUGUGGCGGAGCUUGUGGUGUUGUAUUUGGAUUCGGGGCGGGUACAGGCGUAUGAGCAUAUUGUCAAAGGACGCGUACGGCCGUCGGCGGAAGCGGAUCGGUUGGAGGAGAUGUUGGCGCAUGAGGAGUGGUGGCGGGAGAUUAAGAGUAAGCGAGACGCGGGACAGGCUGUUGCGGUCCAUGAUAGCCCGAAUGCGAGGAGGAGGAGUAGUGUCAGUGUUGGUGCUGCGGUUACGGCUGCGGCGUCGGUUGCUUCUGCGACGGGGAGUAUGCCGAGACGACGGAGUUCGAUUAGUAAUUUGAGGAGUUUGAAGGAGGGGAGGUUGAGUAUGCAGAUUGGGUUGCCGCAUCCGGAUUUGUUUAAUCAGCAUGGUGGGUUUUCGGAUUCUUCGGAUGAAGAUCUUCUUAGUGAUGAGGAAGAUGUGGAUGAUACCUGGGUCGGUGGGAUUGGGCAUGAGGCUAUGGAGGGGAGUGCGAUGUUGUCGUCGUCGUCGGAGGAUGACCGGGCGAAGGCGCAAGGGUCCGUUUCGCAGUCGGGAGAGAGCUUCUACCAGACGCCCGAAGCAUCGACGGCGGCCUUGCUACCUUCUUUUACCAACUACAGCCCGACACGCACGAGAGACCGCACGGGCCGGUCGUAUAACGAUCGGAGUCCGUUGGAAGAUGAGGAUAAAAACGGAGGGUCUCGACCAGGUACAUCAAGUACACCCGGCCCUUCCGCUUCGCCUAUUCCGCCUCUACAGCUGAACGAUGUGGAAGAAGGCGAUUCUAACAGGCCGACUAUCACUUUCGUUGAUACCCCGCGACCUCUUCGCGCUUCGCCGACACCUAUGGCGUCUGCAUUGGAGUUUAACGACCUCCCCUCUCGAGGCCAGCAUCUGAUCAUCAACGACCUCAUCCGGACGUACUCGAGUGAUGAAGCUUCGGUCGUGUUUACGACUUUGCCGGUCCCAGUACAUGGAACGCAUGAGGACCCGGAGAGGAGUUGGAGGUAUGUGGAGGAUCUGGAGGUGUUGUGUGAGGGGAUUCCGCCAGUGCUGUUGAUGUACUCGACGAGCUUGACGGUGACUAUGGCGUUGUGA